GUCUGCUGCAAGUGUUUUCAAGUUGGAGAAAACAUUUAGUGUAAGUUUCAUUUUCUGUGAAGUUGUCCAGGUGAAGACAUGGCUCCCUUUCUGUUUGACGUAGACGCAAAGCCGGGGGACCUGAUAGAAAUCUUCGGUGGGGUGUAUCACCACUGGGCUGUUUUCAUUGGAGGAAGUGAAGUCAUUCAUUUGAUUCCUUCAACUCACAGAGGAGGAGAUCUGCUCGAGGUGCUCGCCUUCCUUGGGAGCAGCGACGCUACGGUGAGGCGUCAGAGGAUCUGGGAAGUCGUUGGGUCCAACCGUUUCCAAGUCAACAACCUCCUGGACGACAAGUACCAGCCUCUUGACCCCAGCACCAUCGUCAGCAACGCUGUGAAGAUGGUGGGUCAGGAGCGUCCGUACAACGUCGCCACUCAUAACAGCGAACACUUCGUCACCGAGCUUCGAUACGGCAAACCGGAAUCACGACAGGUUCAAACUGCGGCUGUGAUCGGAGGUGUUGCCGCCGCCGGCGUGGCGGUUGCAGUCGUGGGAGCCGCUUUGUUUUCUGCCUUCCGCAAAAAUAAAGACAAAGACUGAAAGCCUUCAAAAGUCUUCAGUAUACCGAAAACUACGAAAGCAUGAAGAAAGGUUAAUUUUUGUCAUUUAGGUUUUUUUUUCUUUGUAUAUUUGCAAAUAUUAAAUGGAUUUUCUCGAAUGGAAAUGGAAAUGCAUUUCCAUUCGAGAAAUGCAUUCUCAUGAUUUCUCGAGAAAUCAUGAGAAUGAUUUCUCGGUAAUCAUGAUUUCUCAUGAUUACCUUUUAUCUACAUGAUAAAAGGUAAUCAUGUAGAUUAUAAUUGAAUUGAUAUUAAUGUUUUGGUUGUGGAUAAAUACAUAUAAUUGAUUAAAAUUAGACCACAGAAAUGAUUUGUAAUUGCAUGUUUACGUUUGUAUUGAGUCCUCAGGAAUUUACUCCCAAAUCUCAGAUUCCAGAUAUUUUAAGUCAUGAUCUUUGGGUGUUCCAGUUUUCAGUUUUAUUCAUGCUUUUCAUGUUCUUAUCAUUUACAUUGAAGUAAAUAUUUUCUUAAUUUCUGUUCUUUGUGCUCAUUGGCUUGAUUGGUGCUAAAGCAAAAUACAAUAUAGCACCAAAAAGAAAGUUUAUAAUUCAGGCUAAAGUUAGACAGAGAGGUACGUUUAGAUUUUUUUCUCCGAGUAAUUUCAAUUUGAACUUAAUUUACACUUUAAAAAACUGACCAGCUGUGUCCAACAACAACAUUAAAUUGAGGUGAUUGUUGUUGACAUUGUUACUAACAAAAAAUAAAUAAAUAAAUAAAUUUUAUCAGUUAACAUCAACUCUCCACAUCUUUUUAAACAAACUUUUAAAUUCUUAUUUAGCAAAUUAUUGUCUUUCAAGAUAUUGAUGUCGUUUUGAUUUGUUUCCCCUCAAAAUCUUAAUAUACAACAACUAAUAUUUGUCUUGAAAUCAUCUGACACCAAAAGUCCGGAGCAUGCAACAGGUCAUGAGGUCAUGUACCCAUUUUAAAGGUCAUCACGACAUGACCCCCAACAACAAACAUCACGGCGGUUCAGAGUGUAAACGCUGUGCGUUACCUUCAUUAAACUAAAAUCUUUUCUUAAAAUGCAGAG